AUGGCAACUCCUGAGCAGAACGCCGAAGCUCUCAACCACUUCAUCUACCUUCCUGUUUCCAAGGACAUGGUCUCUUACUUGGCACUCAAGGCUUCUCAGGUUAUCCGCUGCGACAACACUCCUAUCCACGCCAAGGACCUUCCUCCGUCACCACCUGUUACUCCUACCGAGCAAGGCUUCAACCUCUCACAAGAACCAGCUCUUCCUUCGGUCGAACAGUUCAUCCAGUCUCUCGUCGACAGAUCCUCGGUACAGGUUCCCACUCUCAUGACCACCCUCGUCUACCUCGGUCGUCUGCAACAACGUCUUCCUCCUGUCGCUAAAGGCAUGCGUUGCACUACCCACCGCAUCUUCCUUGCCGCUCUCAUCCUCGCCGCCAAGUCUCUCAAUGACUCUUCUCCCAAGAACAAGCACUGGGCUCGUUACACUGCUGUGAAGGGCUUUGAAGGCUUCGGCUUCAACCUCGUCGAGGUCAACCUUAUGGAGAAGCAGCUCCUCAAUCUUCUCAACUGGGAUCUUAUCGUUCGCGAGGAUGAUCUCUACUUCCACCUUGAGCCUUUCCUCGCUCCUAUCAGACUUUGGCAGACUCGUCAAGCCGAGAAGGCCAAGCGUGCUCAGCUUCGUGAGGAGAUGAUACAACAACAACGCCACCUUUCCAUCACUGCCGAGCGCAUGCACAGAAGCUCUCGCACCGACAUUCGCCAAAACCUUUGCGACACACCUUUGAGCCUCGCAAGCUCUCGCAGAUCAUCUCGCAUGCCAUCUCUCUCUCCUCCCAGCCGCACUCAGUCUGUUGUCUCUGCAUCUUCAGUCGACUCUCCCAACUCCAUCAUGUCAUCGAUGGACGCGACAUAUGAAGAUGUGCCAGUCAGAAUCCAGAGAUACAACAGCGACUGCCCCUCGAUGGUUGAGAUCCAACAACCCAAGCUUACUCUUGACCACUACGAACAACCCUCAGCCAAGAAGAUCAGGUCAAACAACAUCUUCUCGAGGUUUCUCUCCACAGCUCACUAG